CAGUGAGAAUCGAACCGCGUUGAAGAGAGAACGUGUUUUAUAAAUACCUCAAUCGCGCGCUUUGCACUACGUCUUCAACAUAAACAUAUAAUCAAAAAACUAGUCUAAAAUAAAACUUAAUAAUUUCAUAAAUAUAUUGUAAGUGACAUUUGUCCUCGGAUUCGUGAUAAGAAAUAAAAAUCAUUUUUUUUUUGUAAAAUUAAAAUGAUGUUCUGAAUAAAUAUUUUUUUUUAGUUUUAUUAUUUGUUUUUUAAAUCUUUUAAAAUGAUGAUGGCUAGUGCUAAAUUGAUUAGAGACUGUAGCUCCGAGCUAAGUUCUGAUGUACGGUCCCUUUCGGUGGCAUCUUCUACAGAAGAGCAGGAGUCCACCACCACUGACACUGAAUAUUCUGAAGAAGAGAAAGAAUAUGAAUUAGAAGAUCUGCAAAUCUUAAAAACUAUUGGUACCGGUACGUUUGGCCGUGUAUGUCUCUGUCGGGACAAAGCUGCAGACGAAUAUUUGGCUAUGAAAAUUCUGUCCAUGGCAGAUGUUAUCCGUUUGAAACAAGUGGAUCAUGUUAUGAACGAGAAGAGCAUUUUGUCAGAAAUCAAUCAUCCUUUCAUUGUUAAUUUACGAUGGUGGACCCACGAUGACUCUUGCCUCUACAUGCUGUUUGAUUACGUUUGCGGCGGAGAACUAUUCUCUUAUUUGAGAAACGCAGGCCGGUUCAGUAAUAGUAUCGGCAAUUUCUAUGCAGCGGAAAUUGUAUCUGCAUUGGAAUACCUUCAUACUAGGAAUAUUGUAUACCGAGACUUAAAACCAGAGAAUCUUUUGCUUGCAAAGGAUGGCCACUUGAAGAUCACAGACUUUGGUUUUGCGAAAAAAUUGACAGAUCGAACAUGGACGCUUUGCGGUACACCAGAAUAUCUUGCACCUGAGAUUAUACAGAGCAAAGGACACAAUAAGGCUGUCGACUGGUGGGCUUUAGGAGUUCUCGUGUAUGAAAUGCUCGUUGGCUACCCUCCAUUCUACGACGACAAUCCUUUUGGAAUUUAUGAGAAAAUUCUCAAUGGUCGCGUGGAUUGGCCGCGACAUCUUGAUCCAGUCGCUAAGGACAUAAUUAAGAAACUAUUGGUACAGGACCGAACUAAGCGACUUGGCAAUAUGAAGUGUGGUGCGGAAGACGUGAAACGGCACAGAUGGUUCAAACAUAUCGAUUGGGCUGAUGUAUAUAUGAAGAAAUUACAGCCUCCGAUUAUGCCGUCUGUGUCGUACGAGGGUGACACAUCCAACUUCGACGAGUACCCCGAAACAGAUUGGAAAGCGGUGCGGUCGCUCGAUCCUGACGAAUUAAAACUAUUCGCUAACUUUUGAUGUGCACUAGAAUAAGACUCACCUAGUUAAAUAACGAGUUAGCAAAUGUUUCAACAAACAUUUUUAGUGAAUCCUAAUAAUAGUAGAUAAAAACGAUAAAUAAGUAUCGAUGAGGAAAAAUAAUAAGGAAAUUAGAUUCCAGUAACACUGGUAAUAUUCCAAUGGUAUUAACGUAUCAGUUGAAUAAAAUGGUAUUCAUUAAACUUUACAGCGUGUUACAACUUUUGUAAAUUUAUAAAGUACUAUUAAAUAUAUUUAACUAUAACUAUUAAUAACUAUUAACGCUAUUAAACUAUAGCGUCUGAAGGGAUAGGGGAGGCAAGUGUGAUCUAAAUAUCUUAUACAAGAAUAUAAUUUGUUUUAAUAAAAACUAUAUUUGUUAUAAUACAUUUCGCUGUAUUUUCUCAAGAAAUUAAGUUGAGGAUAGCAAGGAAUUACGAAAGAGUUAACGUUGCCUGUUAAGUAAAGUAAAAGUAAAUGUCCUACUGCUGGGCUUAGGGCUCCUUUCUUUUUAAGGAGGUUAUUCCAUCAAUGUUCUAAUGUACUAGAUAGUAGAUUUCACAUGUGGUAGAUUUUCAUUCGACGUAUGCAGGUUUUCUCUCGAUGUUUUGUCUUGAUGUCGAGCACUAGAUGAAUUACAAACACAUUCAGUGGAGCUUGCCAGGGUUUGAACCGGCAGUCUGCGAUUAAGAUUCUUGUGUUCUAAGAAUUACGUCAUCUUGGCCCUCGGUCUAUUGUCUAAUUCCCGGUUAACUGUUGUAAAUAUAAUUUUUAUUUAGCAUAUUAAGCGAUAGCAUUAGUUGUCAUAAUUCCAAUGCUUUACUUAAAUUACUGACAUGAAUCUAUUGGUAAAUUUUAAAUAGAAAUGAGUCAGUGUCCAAUGCUUGUGAUUUAUAGUAUUAAUUAUAUUUAUUCAAUAAUAUAUUUACAUUACACUAGCUUUUUGUAAAUGCAAUUUAAUUAAGAAUGAUGCUUAUUGAGAAGUUUCAUACUUUUAUAUUAUUAAUAGGGUAAUUAUAUGUUUAUGUAAGGAAUUGACAUUUUUUUAAUUGAAAUGUUAUUUAGCUUUGGCUUAAUUUUGGUCCAGUGUUGCGUUUUAUUCCUACUAUUAUAAUUAACUAUUAUAAUAUAAUUUUUAUUUAUUGUAUUUCAUAAUUUUGUAAUGAAUACAUAUUGUAUCUGUAAAGAUGAAAUAAUAUGUGUGAUGUUACAAUAUUUAAAUCUAUCGAAAAUGUAAAUUGUAAAAUAAGAUUUAGAUCUGUAACUAUGUAUAAUAAACAAAAUACAAUGAAUAUUUAAAUAAUAUGUAAUCCCAAAGAAAUUACCUACUAAUAGUAAUAACGUCUUAAAUAGGUUAAAUUAUAUUAUAUUGGCGGGCCUUGCAUUGAUGAUGAUGUUCGGACGAGGUUUCCAUACUCAUUUCACGCAACACAUAUUUUAGUGCACAAGUGUAAGCACCAACAACCUCCAUACUGCGGCCUGCUAGUGAAAAUUUCUUGGCAUGAAAAUCUACUAACUUAUUAACCCGAGGUUUGAAAUUAGUACUAUAGAAUCUGAAGCCUUAUAAACUAGCCACUAGACCAACAGUAACGAGGUCAUGUGGCAUAGUCUUGAGCCAAAAGUAUGUAUUUUAUAAAUCGUAAUUGUUACAAGUAUUUUAUAUAACUGUUUCAUUAGUUUGAAGCUUGUUUAAUGCCAUGUAUUAUGAAGAAGUGAUCUCUAAGUCAGACAUAGUAUUGGCUACUAACAUUGUUAUAGGAAUACCUACUUGAUUAUCAAAUGUCUCAAACGAGCUUUCAUUGCGUAAAUUAUAAAUGUAACAAGGUUGUAAAAAGUAGUAUCUAGUGAUUGUAUAUAUGUACCCAAAAAUAAACAUUUUAUGAAAUACAAGCCGA